GUUACAUCAGUUGUUAGUUUUGCUAAUUGUGCGUCUGUCUGUUGUGUCUCAGGCGUCCUCGUCUCCAGCGUGGUGCUGCUGCUCUCCCAGAAAGCCUUGUUCAAGUUCUACACACUUUUCUUUGCCGUUCUCCUCGGCAUGGCGGCGGUCCUCAUCAACUACUACGCCACUUCCCACAUAGACUUCUACAGCGCCUACUACAAAGCGGCCCUUGGGUUCAGGUUGCUGCCCAGAAACGGCCCGACGCUGUGGCUGGGGAUGGCCGCUGUCCAGCUCGUGCUCGGCGUGGGCUACGUGUUCCUGCUCAACCUCCAGUCAGUAUUUGCCGCGCUGGUGGUGCUGGACAUCAUGAUCCCUCUGUGGGGGCUGAUGAUCGAGCUGCCGGCAGACGUGAGACAGCUGGUGGCCGUGUUCUCGGGCCUGGCGUUGGCCCUCAACACAGCUGUGUGCCUCGCCAUGAGGCUGAAAUGGUUCUACUACUCAUGUCGGUACGUCUACCUGCUCGUGCGGCACAUGUACAGGAUCUACGGACUUCAGCUGCUGCUCGAGGACACGUGGAAGAGGAUCAGGUUCCCUGAUGUGCUGCGGGUGUUCUGGCUGACCAGGGUCACUGCCCAGGCGCUGAUCCUGGUCUACGUGGUGCAGGCGGUGAGGAGGGAGAGCGGUGAUGCUACAGGAGGUGCCACAGACGGGGGCUCGGACUCACAGGGUUACCUGCUGAGCUGGGACGUGUUCUGGGAUCUGACGAGUAACCUGAUCAUCUCCGGCUGCGACUCCACACUCACCGUGCUGGGGAUGAGCGCCGUCAUCUCCUCCGUCGCGCACUACCUCGGCCUCAGCAUCCUGGCCUUCAUAGGUUCGACGGAGGAGGAGGACAAGCGUUUAGGCUUCGUGGCUCCUGUUCUGUUCUUCAUCCUGGCUCUGCAGACCGGCCUCAGCAGCCUGGACCCAGAGGAACGUCUGGUUCGUCUGAGCCGGAACAUGUGCCUUCUGCUGACGGCCAUCCUACACUUCAUCCACGGCAUGACCGACCCCGUCCUGAUGUCCCUCAGCGCCUCCCACGUCUCCUCAUUUCGCCGCCACUUCCCUGUCCUGCUGGUGUCCCUGGCACUAUUUGUGCUCCCCGUGGCGCUCAGCUACACCCUCUGGCACCACUACGCCCUCAACACCUGGCUGUUCGCCGUCACCGCCUUCUGCGUGGAGCUCUGCCUCAAGGUCGUUGUGUCGCUGACGGUCUACAGCCUCUUCAUGGUCGAUGGCUUCUCUAACGUCCUCUGGGAGAAGCUGGAUGACUACGUCUACUACGUGCGCUCCACAGGCAACAUCAUCGAGUUCCUGUUCGGCGUCAUUAUGUUCGGAAACGGGGCCUACACCAUGAUGUUCGAGUCGGGCAGCAAGAUCCGCGCCUGCAUGAUGUGCCUGCACGCCUACUUCAACAUCUACCUGCAGGCCAAGAACGGCUGGAAGACCUUCAUCAACCGCCGGACGGCCGUCAAGAAGAUUAACUCCCUGCCGGAGAUUCGUGGGGAUCAGCUGAGGGACAUCGAUGACGUGUGCGCCAUCUGUUACCAGGAGUUCGCCACCUCGGCCCGCAUCACGCCCUGCCACCACUAUUUCCACGCGCUGUGCCUGAGGAAGUGGCUCUACAUCCAGGACACGUGCCCAAUGUGCCACCAGAGAGUUUACGUUGAAGACGAGAGCCGGGACAGAGCCGCCUUCUCUAACAACAAUGGGAACUACGCAGCGCCGCAGGACGCUGCUGCCGCUGCCCCACCGGCUCCGGGGGAAAACCAGCACGGACAGCUGCCCGCAGAGCUGCCGGCCGAGGGAGCGGCAGCCGGCGCGCAGGCCGCAGGAGCAGCGGGGGAGCUCAACAAUGAGCUGCUGGAGGACAACGACAGCAUAGAGUACGACGAAGACGAGUGGGGGACUCAAAAUGGCAGCACGCCGAUAGAAGAAGACUAUAUCAAUGACGACACUGACUCCACCGAGGACUGAGAAGAUCUAUAGAAAACAAAUGUCUUUAUUAUAUUUAAGUUAAAAAAUAAUUAUAAAACAUCUUAAUUACUUCUGGGAGAUGUCAGGGAUGUCACGUCUUUUUUUUUUCUUGUUAGUUUCUUUUCAUUUGAUUUUGGGUUUAACUCUAUAAGGGCUCGUGGAAACUGCUGCUCAUGUUCGGCGUGUGCAUGUGUGUGCUUACGUGUGUGUGUGAGUGGACGUGUGAGUGUGUUGGGGCUGCAUGAAUUCAUAAUGUUGUUCAUCUCUCUUACUUUAUUCCAGAAGAGAUCCUGAUAAGAAUCGUCUGUUCACAUUUUAUCUCUCGAUGCCUCAAACCUGACGCUCAUCAGCAAAUCUAAAUACCAGAUUUUCUGCUCUCUGAGAAUCUGCACGACACGAAUCUACCAGUGACAUCACCACUUUGUUAAGAAGUCUGUCGCUCGUGCAGCCCUGAUGUUAAUUUGUGUGUGAUGGGAAGAAUUUGUGUCAUUGUGUGUGUGUGCGCCUGCCGACGUAUAAUGUGCUUAGACGAUGUCUUAAAGAUGCAGUUCUUGUUUCCUUGCAGUGUGUUAUUGGGGAAACGCUGCAGUGUUUUAGUUCAUUAACGACAAAACUGUGGAGCGACUUAACAAAUUCAAGCUGCCGGACGUGAGUCUGUAGAAAAAAACAGAUUUUAAGGAGGAAAAAGUGAUUUUUGGUUUUUUAGCUUCGAUUUAAAACCUUCUCAGACGUGAGAAACACCUGCUCAACAUUUUUGUCUUUAACGAACUCCAGGAGAAUAUUUGUGAACUUGUUCGGAGAGCGAGUGAAGCGGUUUUCUACCAGCUCUGCACCAACCAGAGAGAAAAGCUGAGGUGUGUCAGACUAAAAGGUGACUUGCUACUGUAAUCACUGAGAUACCUCUAUCAUUACUACUGGUCCCUUGUGUGACCUUGCUUACAUUUGUGUACGUUAUUGUACAUGUAAUAAAAGAAAACACGUGCACACUUCCUCCCAUAGAAUAAGAGAAACAUUUUUAAAUGAAACUUUGCACAUUCUAGAAAUUGCUGUUGGAGCUGGUUUGGAGAUGUAGUGGAAGAAACAAGACAUGGUGUAAUCUCAAAAAAGAAAAGUAUUGGGUGAAAUGAUAAAUUCUUCCUCAUUAAAUUUAAAUGUCACAAAAAAAUACGACGUAGAAGUUUGGUGCCGGUUGUUUUGACGGAACUGAGUUUAAAGGAGACACAUGUGGUCGAGGGAGCUGCACAGAAAAACACUGAGGGUCCUGAAACGCCUCGUCAGUUGAACGACUGCUCUAUUGUGAUGUCACGUGACAGAUUGGCGUUAGUGCCCGGUCACACAGAUGUUCACUUGUAAUCUGUGCAAACAAGGGGGCGAAUAAAACAUUCUCUUUCUGCGGCGAAGCAAAUCAGCAGCUUCAAGUUCAUCUCUGGGGAUCUUUGAUCCGCACUAUUCGUCUGACACCACGCGGCUAAUCUGGCACGCCCCCUAAUACUCAGCCGAGACCAACGUAGCUGUUAAAGAGACCGGAGCUAAAACCAAGUGUUUGAGACAGAGACUGUAAAGAGGAGCUGCAGCGAUGGACAGUCUGAGGACACUGAUGUGUUUUCUGAACAUUAGAGCGUGAGAUCUUUAAAAUGAUCAACCUGAAGAUGAGCAGAUUGUCUCCUUUAAAGACUUGUUCCUUUCAAAUGGAAAAAAGUAUUAUAAUUACUUUUGUGUCUGAGCAGUUUUAUCCAGUAAAUGCACUUUUCUUUUUGUUUCUAAUCACUGGCACAGACACGUCGGCAAACAGACGCUCAAACUGUGUUUCUAGUCUCAGGGUCCUGCUGCAGGGGUGGAAGAGGUCUUUCAAUUUGUGGAAACAUUUCAAGCCUCGGGAGAAAAAAAAAGAAUGAAGGAGCUGCAGGAAAGUUUGGACAAGUUCAGAUCUUUUCUUGCUGUAGUAAACCUACAGCUGCUUCGUUUCAUACAGUUUAUACUUGUUGAAAAGUUGAGCUACAGCAGCAGACGUCCCAUAAACACUGAUCCAAAAAAACUACUGGCUCGAAACUUAAUUUUUCCUUGUUCUCCUCAGCGACCGCAGGUCAAGCACAAA